AUUUUCCUUCAUACUAAAUAAAACCUUCUACUUCAAGUCUACAAAGAGAGAAACUAAGAUACAAACAAACACAACCAAUCAAAGUUGAAAAUAUCACAGAGAAAUAAAAGUGGAAAAGAAGAAAAACUCUAUUAACAGAUGGGAAACGCUAUCGGAAGAAACAAAAAAGCAAAAGUAAUGAAAAUAGAUGGAGAAACUUUCAAGCUAAAAACACCUGUUAGAGCAAACGACGUCGUUAGAGACUAUCCUGGUCAUGCUCUUUUAGAGUCACAAGCAGUUAAACAUUUUGGGCUUCGGGCUAAACCACUUGAACCAAACCAAGAACUAAAGCCCAAGAAAAUAUACUUCUUGGUUGAGUUACCCAAACUUCAGCCCCAAAAAAAGCCCGAACCAUCACCGAGGAGGGUUCGAUCCAGUGGUAUACGUGGCAUGAAUGCUACGGAGCGGCUCGAUUUUUUAAUGCUAUCGAAACGCUCUGUUUCGGACUUACCUUCGGUGAAUCGGUCCAAUUUGGAUGGUGUGACUGGUUUAGUCCGUGAUGGGUCCACAAGGGUGAAAAUGAGACUUCCGAAAGCCCAAUUGGAGAAGUUGAUGGAGGAGAGUCACGAUGGAGCUGAGGUGGCGGAGAAGAUUGUGAGUUUGUAUAUGGGAAGUAAUGCUUCCGUGAAGGGUGGUGGUGGAAUACAUGAAGACAAAAUUGAGCUUCACAAUCAAAGGUCACAAAGGAAACGAGUGACUUUCAGUCCAGUGGAAGAAGGAGAAAUUCAUGAAGAAGCAGCUGCUCAAUAAUCACUUGUCAAUAGUAGUUAGUUACUUAACCAGAAGAAGCAAGACAUAGCACUAGCAGCACCACCACAACCCAUCUGUGUUGGAGCUUCAUAAGCAAGUUAUUUUUGUCCUCAAAUAUGUAGGACAUGUACUCAUAGUCAUGUCUAAGCAUUGCUCAUAUUAGGUAUGAUGUUUAGGCAUUGCUGACCCAAAAUUGACUUUUUUUCUUUCUGGUCAUGGAAGAGCCAAAGAAAGAUCAAUUUGAGUGGAAGAUUACCUAUGUUUGUACUUUGUAUAAGGAUGUUGGAAAGACAAUAUAGAGGUGAAAUUAUAUUAUUUUAAAAUAGAUACUUAUGUUACCAUGGAAUGAAUACAAUGAUAGAUUUGAUUAUAAAUUUAAUGUACUAAUCUUAGGUUUAUUUUCUAAACAUUAAAAAUAUAAUUAUUAUAUGCUGAUGCUGUAGCA